AAUGGCUUCUAAAAUAACAAUGCUUGAAGCUAAUAAUAUAGAUAAUUAGAUAUAAAAUUUAUAUCAAUGCAAACCUCUUCCAGAAUAAGAUGUAAAACUAUUAUGUGAAAAGGUUUAAAUUUUAAUAAUUUAAUUAAUAGGCAAAAGAAAUUUUAAUUGAAGAAUCAAAUGUGUAACCAGUUCGAGCUCCAGUGAUUAUAUGUGGUGACAUUCAUGGUCAAUUCCAUGAUUUGAUGGAAUUAUUUAAAAUAGGUGGUAAAGCACCUGUAAUAAAUAUAAAUAUGAAUUUAGGAUACUAAUUAUUUAUUUAUGGGUGAUUAUGUAGAUAGAGGACAUCAUUCCGUAGAAUGUGUAACACUUUUAGUUUUAUUGAAAGUAAUGAAUAGUUUAAUGUAAGAUUCGCCAUCGAGAUAGAAUAACAAUAUUAAGAGGAAAUCAUGAAUCUAGAUAAAUAACAUAAGUUUAUGGUUUCUAUGAUGAAUGUUCUAGGAAAUAUGGAAAUAGUAAUGUAUGGAAAUAUUUCACCGAAUUAUUUGAUUACUUACCUUUAACUGCAGUAGUUGAAUCUCAAGUAUAUAUAUUUUUAGCAUAAAUUAAGUUUUUUUGUUUACAUGGUGGUAUAUCUCCAUCAAUAGAUACUUUGGAUCAUAUAAGAUAGUUAGAUAGAGUAUAAGAGGUGCCUCAUGAAGGACCAAUGUGUGAUUUAUUAUGGAGUGAUCCUGAUGAUAGAUCUGGUUGGGGAAUAUCUCCAAGAGGUGCUGGAUAUACUUUUGGAUAAGACAUCUCUGAACAAUUCAAUCAUAAUAAUAAAUUAAAAAUGAUUGCUAGAGCACAUCAAUUAGUUAUGGAUGUAUUAAUUAUAUAUAUAUGUAUAUUAUAGGGUUAUUCACUUGCCCAUGACAGAAAUGUUGUGACUAUAUUCUCUGCACCAAAUUAUUGUUAUAGAUGUGGUAAUCAAGCAGGAAUAAUGGAAGUUGAUGAAAAUCUACGAUAAACAUUGUAUAUUAUUCUUAAUAACAAUUUAUAGUAUUCAAUUUGAUCCUGCUCCUAGAUCAGAAAAUGAAUCAGUUCCAAAAAGAGUACCAGAUUAUUUCUUAUGAUUAUUAAUAUU